CUUUUCCUCCAGUUUCCCUCUCCUUCACUACCAUCACCGUCCUUCCAUUUGCCUCACCUUGCCCUUGACCUUGCCUCCACCGAAUUGAAUUAGAUUCUUCUUGUCUUUUUGAUUGGAUUGUCCGCUGUUACUAUUGUCACGCUCUUAAAAUUUUAUUCAAUCCCCGCAUUAUUCUCACUGCGGCAUUUCGACUGGUUUCGCCAGACAUGAGAUAAACCUAUUGUCCUACGUGAAUGCUGCCAUUCAUGAAUCAGAACAAUUGAGAAAAAGAGAUCGGUGGAUCUGAACACAGGGGCAUUGGGAAUUCUAGAGCUUUGGUUGGAUUAUUCAAAACAAAACGAGGAGUCUUCUACACACAAAGGGUUUAGAUAGCCAAAAGAUACCAGGACAUUCCUCUUUUCGUUGUCUACAGGCACUUCUAUCCGACAUCAAGUUUGAAGAGCUCUCACAGGCUCAUCGACGUGACACUGAGAUCCCUCAGAUCGUCUACGUGCCAGCAGCCCGUUUGACUGAUUCGAACCCUGACCAGUCUCUGAUCCUCCCAAUCUUUCUCAUUCUCCAUUUGCGGUCUCCUCUCUGUAUCCCGUCAUCAUGUCUGGAUUGCCCUCUGACGAGGUCGCUGAAGACUACAAAGGUUCUUUGGAAGAUCUUGUGACCAACGACAGAUAUCAAAUCUCGAACCUGACCUUGAUCGCGAAAGAGAAUAUUGAACAUGCUGAAGCAAUUUCGCGUGUUCUUCAAAACCACAUCAACCGAGCUCCUCCUGCUCGAAAGCUGCCGGCUUUAUAUGUGCUGGACUCGAUUGCCAAAAACGUGGGAUCGCCAUAUACGGUAUACUUCGGCCGAAACCUCCACCAAAUUUUUAUGCUUGCUUAUUCCCAAGUCGACGGGAAUGUUCGGCGGAAGCUGGAGGAGAUGCUCAAAACAUGGCGAGAACCAGUCCCGGGCUCGUUGUCAACGACCCCGGUCUUCCCUCAUUCAAGUACCCAGACCAUCGUCGACAGUCUCAACAAGUUUCGUAGCGCUACACCUGUCCAUGGAGCUCCAGCCAGAGUAGCAUCAACUCAACCUUACCGGAGUACGCCGACACCUCCUCAAGGCCUGUCGUCCUUCAAUCCUGCCAUUCCAUCACAUACCAGAAGUCCACAGCCACAGCAAGCCAUACCACAGCAACCAUAUCAACCUACGCCGCCUGUGUCUUACGCCCAGUCCUACCCCUUGCAAGGAGCGCCAUUCUACUCUCAGCCUUCGCAACCGCCACAGUUUCCAUCACCUACUCCACUAACUCGUCCUGUAUCUGCCGGAGGCGUGGACCUCAAGAAACUCCAUACCGACAUUGACGAUCUUACAACGGACGCGAAGAUUGUCUGUGCUACACACCCAAUGGAUCAAGCAGCUCAAAGGAAAUUGACUAGCCUUCAAACACUCAAGGAGAUUCUUGACAGUGGAAGUGCAUCAGAGGGUGAUUUGGUGGAAAUUCGGAACACUAUUACGCAGAAAAUGGCCGAGAAGUCGAUUACUGCUCGUCAUCAACAACAAUCCCAAACUCCCGGUCUUGCACUCCCACUAAAUCCUCUCCUCAACCCUUAUAUGCCUCCGCAGCCACCGGUUCAGCAUGCUGCUGUCUCGGCGCCUCCUCCAAAUACGCUUUUCAACAGUACGAACCUAGCCGAAUUGCUGCGUGCGACUGUCGGGCAGCAACAACAAAGCGCGCCACCGCCAAAUUACUAUGCUCCACCUCAGUCAGGAAUGACUACUCCUCAGACAUUACCACAAAUUCCACCUUCUGCGCCAGAGAAUCCAUUAUUAGCGCAACUUCGUGCCUCGGGGCUCUUGUCUGCUGCCCCGACGCCACCUCAGGGAGUAACACCUCCUAUACCUUCCUUUGCCUUUGGCAACGAUGUGAUGACAGAAAUUACUUUGACCUCGGCUUCUAUCAAGAUAUCGCGCCCGCACUUGGUCUCCAAUUUUCUCAACGCUCGGCCGAAUCAGUGCAGCACCUGCGGUAAACGAUUCAUGGCUGAUGACUCUGGAAAAGAGAAGAAAGCGCGGCACUUGGAUUGGCACUUCAAAACUAAAGCACGAAUGCUGGAGGCAGAGAAACGAGGACAAAACCGAAGCUGGUAUGUCGAUGAACGAGAAUGGAUCGCCAGCAAAGAAUACGAAGAUGACGCAGGCCCUACAGAAGUGGCCUCUAAUGGUACCUCCACGAUAGCAAAGAAGCAGCCGCAAGAUUUUGUGCGAGUACCCUCAGAUCCUGUGCUGCGAUCGUUGGCGUGUCCAAUCGAUCAGGAACCAUUCAAAAGUGAGUGGAGUGAAGAGGUGCAAGAUUUCAUCUGGAAGGAUGCUGUCAACGUUGGUGGUCGAUAUUACCAUGCAAGUUGCUAUGCCGAAGUUACGAAAGGUCGAGAGAAGGAUGGAGUUUCGACACCGUUAGGAGGAGUCAGGAGAACUGCGACACCUGACUCCGUGCUUGGAAAACGAAAGGCAGAAGUAUGCUCCACCCUUGAUGAAUAUUCAGAACAGAUAUCUGACAAUAUACAGGAGGAUCCAAAUGGGAUCAAGUCCAGGAUAAAGCUGGAGAGCACUCAGCCUGUAUAAGGCAUGAAUUCCUUUUACGACCAUAUCCUGGAGUUUUCGAGUUGGCAUAGACGUAUUUUGGGAUAACAUGCAUUCACAGAAACUGCAUUGACAGCGACGGGUGGUCAUACUGUAGAUCAGCGGAAAUCAAGCGAACAUUGCAUGGCAAAAGAUGCGAUACGUGUGGUGUUUUGGUGGUCAUGAUCUGCGGACGAGUCAUGAACGAUAUAUCAUGAUACUAGAGCUUUUUCUUGUGUGAAUGAGAAUGAGAACGUAUUUACGGUAUAAUCGUUUGGAGAUCAACAUGAUUUUUUGGUUUUCUGAGAGAUGAGGCUAGAAAUGACAUCGUAGGCUUCCUAGUAACAGAUAGCUAGCAAUCGAGGUCCGGAAGUACAAGGUAUUGAGCAUGGAAUUUGUACUGAUAUG